AUGGGAGAGAUGAGAAGAGAAACGUACAAGACCUUCACCGGGCAAUUGUCCACUACAAUCCUCCUCCUCUUCUUCUUGAUAACCACAAACCUGCAAAAAUUUGCGUGUGGUGCUGGUGUAUUAGAAUGCAAUGGCACGAUGAACAUAGGUGAAUGCCUUGCAGAUGGCGACGAAUUCUUCAUGGAAUCAGAAACGAGCACUAAGCUGCUAGCUGGUGGCGGUAAAGAACCACUUGACUAUAAAGCCCUUCAAAAACCAACGAUAUGUAAAGCACCCAUAUACGGUAGUUGCAUCGGCGCACAGGCUAAUGUCAAAAGUCGAUCCUGCGAUUGGGACAAUCGUUGCAAACAUGAUCUCUCGAAAAAUUGA